AUUAGAUCAAACGGGCACACUUUUUUACUUAAAACUUAUAUGAAUUCCAAUGAAAUUAAACGAAGACGCGUAGAUACGCCGACUUCAUUCCCACCUGGAUCUAUAAUCAAGGUCAAAGUUAAAAAUUUCACAACGUACAGUUAUGGAGAAUUUAAUCUUUCACCUACAUUGAAUAUGAUUAUUGGACCAAAUGGUACUGGGAAAAGUACAUUAGUUUCAGCCAUAUGUUUAGGAUUAGCAGGUAGAAUUGAUUUAAUCAAGAGAAAAUCUAUGAAGUCAAUGAUAAAGACAGGGCAAACUGAAUGUACUAUUGAAAUCACGUUACAAAAUCAUGAUUUAAAACCAAAUCUUGUAAUUGAAAGAGUAUUCACCGAAAAGGAAUCAAGAUGGAAGAUUAAUAAUAGGAAAUCAGAUGAGAAAUCAAUUAAAAACUUAUGUAAAGAAUUUAAUAUUCAAUUAGAUAAUUUAUGUCAUUUUCUUCCUCAAGAAAGAGUUGCAGAAUUUGCAGGAUUAUCACCAGAGAAAUUAUUAUUGGAAACGGAAAGAACCAUUGGAGAUGGACUGCUUCUAGCAAUGCAUGAAGAUCUUAUUCGGAAUGAUAAGGAUCUGGUGGAUUUACAAGAAAAGAUUACCAAGACAGAACAAGAUUAUAAUAAUUUGAUUGAAGAACGUGAUAGACUUCAAGAAGAAGCCAAUAAAUAUCAAGAAUAUCAAACAAAGACAAAAGAAUUAGAAAAUCAUGUUAUGUUAAUUCCAUAUGCACAGAUUCAAGAUUUAAAGAAUCAACAAAGACAUUUGAAAAAGGAAAGAGAUCAAGCAAAACGUGAAUUAGAGAAAUUCAAUCUUAAUGCCAAACCAAUAGAAGAACAAUUAAAUGCAUUUAAAAAGGAAUUAAAACAGGCAAAUAAACAUAUUAUAGAUACCAAGGAAAUAGAAAAGGAAAGCAAGGAAAAACAUGAAGCUUUAAAACAAGAAAUUCAAACUGAUGAAGAUAAAAUUAAUGAAUUAAUUCAAACCAUUGGAAGUUUAAAAACUAGAGCAGAUAGGAAAAAAGCUGAAAGAGAUCAAUAUAUUAUCGAUGUUGAGGAAUUAGAAAAUAAAAUAAAGGAUUUCCCAAAUGUUGAUGAUAAUGAAUUGGUAAAUUUAAAGAAAUCAAGAGAUUUAAAACAUGGAGAAAUAGCAGAUUUGAAACCACAAAUUGAAGAAAUUGAAUAUUCUUUAAGACCCAAAAAGAAUUUAUUUGACACAUUGAAAAGUGAAAUGAAUGAAAAAGUUGAUCGUCUCACAUCAACUGACAAAAUAGUUGUGCUUGAUAAUCGAAACAAUCGGAAUAGAAAUGUUAUGAUGGAUAGUUCUUAUGGAGCACAUAAGUUACUUCGGGAUCACCCAGAACUCAAAGAUCAAUAUUUUGAAGCACCAGUGGUUUCAUGUGAAGUUCCAGAUUUAAGAUAUGCGAAAUACAUUGAGAAAGUUAUUGAUAACAAUACCUUAUUAGGGAUAUCAUUCACCAGUAAAGAAGCAUAUAAUAAGGUGAAUAAUUUGGUAUUUAAAAAGUUCAAUGUGCCCAUGAGAGUUACUACACGAACUGCACCAAAAUCUAUGUAUUCAAGAGAAGAAUUGAAAAGGUUUGGAUUUGAUGGAUACCUUUCUGAUUUCAUAUCUGGACCUAGUGAAGUUCUUAAUAUGUUGAAUGAAGUAUCCAAGUUAAAUAAUAUUCCUGUCAGCCAUACACCACUAUCAGAAGAACAAUUAGGAAGGCUACUUAAUGAAGACAAUUCAUCACCAAAUAAUAAGUUUGGGAAAUUCUUAUCUGGUGGUAAUUUAUUCACUAUUAGAAAAUCUAGAUAUGGUAGUAAACAAUCAUUUUUCAUUACAGAAAAAGUUCCUGAAGCCAGAUUAUUUGUUCUGUCUGGAUUAUCUGAACAUGCUAAGGAGGAAGUUAGGGCAGAUAUUCAGUCAUUAAAGCAAAGAAUGCAACAAAUAAUAGCAGAAGUGGAAGAUUCUCAGCAAGAAUUAAUCCAAUUGAAAACUCAACAAAAAUCAGCUCUGGAAGAAUUUAAAUCAUAUACUUCUAAACUUGAAGAAUUAUCAAAAUUGAAAAAUCUUAAGGCUACACUUCAAAGUAGAUUAAAAUCUAAAAAGGAAUUAGUGAAAAGACUUGACUCCGAAACCAAAAAGGAUUAUUCUGAAAAGAUAGUUCAAGUGGAAAAUAAAAUCAAACAAAAGAAGUCGAUUGUUUCUGAAAAGAUGUUGCAAAUAUCCCAAAUAUUAAAGGAAUUAAGUGAUAUAUCUAUUCAGUUAUGUCAAGCUCAAUUAUAUGAAUUACAAAAUGAAAAUAAAGUUGUUACAGCUCAAUCAUUUCUUGAGAAUCUUGAAGAUCAUAAGAUUCAAUUGAAGGAAAAAUAUAUUAAGGCUAAGGCAAAAUAUGAUGAGAUUAAAAAGAGUGAUGCUGCCAAAAAGAUCCAAGAACAAAGUACCUCUUACACACCAGAGGAAAGACAAGUCUUAGGAGCAUUGGCUGCAAGCUACUUACAGAGCAACACUUUGACGGAAAUUAAUAUUAGAAAUAAAAUUAAACUCUUGGAGGAAGAAAGAUCUUUAAUGUCAACCGUCGAUCAAAGUUCUAUGGAGAGCCUUAGAAGGAAACUUCAAGAAAUUGAAUUUGCCGAUAAAGAGUUGCCAAUAUUGAAAACGAAUUUAUCAAGUUUAAAAUCUAGAAUUGAACUGAUUCAUAGAGAAUGGGAACCAAAAUUAUCAGACCUUGUUACUAAAAUAUCACAUAUAUUUCAAAAACGAUUUACAGCAGUUGCCAGUGACGGUCAAGUUGAAUUAGCAAAAGCUGAUAGAUACAAAGAUUGGAAAUUACAAAUUCUUGUAAAAUUCCGUGAAAAUUCUGAUUUGAAGAUUUUAGAUCAUCAAUCACAAUCUGGUGGUGAACGUGCAGUUUCAACUAUCUUCUUUAUUAUGUCCUUACAAGGUUUAACCGAUGCUCCAUUUAGAGUUGUCGACGAAAUAAAUCAAGGUAUGGAUCCUAAAAAUGAAAAGAUGGCUCAUAAAUAUUUGGUUCACACUGCUUGCAAAUCAAAGUCUUCUCAGUAUUUCUUGGUCACUCCAAAGUUGCUUACGGGAUUGUAUUAUCAUCCUGAAAUGGUGAUUCAUUGUAUUUACACUGGAGCCUAUCUCGAUCCAAUUGAUCAAAAGUCAAAAUCUCCAGACUUUUUAGAUUUCAAAAGAUGUGUUGAAUUAACUACAUAAUGAGCAAACAGCUAAACUGUCCAUAGUUAUAACAGGUGGUAUAUACAUAGAAUAAUUAAUUUUAU